AUGUUGCCAGAUCUGUCGCCUCAUCUUCAUACGCGGGAAUGCAAUUUUCUUAUUGAUCUUCUACAUAAGUGUCACGAAGAAAAACAAUUAGGUAAAAUGUUCGGUCAGUGUUCAUAUUGGGAUGAGGCUGUCUGGCAAUGUACGAAGAAGGAGAGGAUAUGGCGAAGAGAUAACAAUCCAAAGUAUUCUAGGAGAAGAAUAGAACUACGAAAUCUACCUGAAUCUUACUGGACUCCUGUUCUGCAGCGUCUCAGAGACGAAGGAGUAAUGCCAGAUUUAUCUUCUGCGAAUGAUGGUUGUAGACUUUGA